CCCGCCGGGGGAGCUCAGGGAGCGUCUGCAAAGAACCUUCGGCGGCCGCUGCCGCUCCGAGCGGGCCGGGCCCGGCCCUGAGGGCUGCGGGGCAGCGGUCGCGCUGCGGAACCGGGCCGCGGUGGCGUCACGGAGAUGACAAAAACAACGAGCGUAAAGCCGGGGAGAACGGGCGAGUUCCGCCGCUUUCCGUUUUCGCCCCGGUUGGGAAUUUGCCGAUGCGCCCUCCCGCGGACGGAAGCGGAGCCCUUUGAGGGCAGGACCGAGGCGCGUUCGCCGGCAGGAAACAUGUCCGCGGGCCGGCCGUUCCGCGGAUGCGCCUGCUUCUUCACCGACAACAUCUUUGUGGGGCGGUUCGGGCUCCACGUGCGGUACCGGGACGAGCCGCAGCUCCGCCGGGACCACGGCCGGGCGCUGCGGGAGCGCGGCUGCCGGAGCGAGGAGCAGUUCCGGGAGGUGCUGAGGGAGAUUGAGGCAGAAGUGCAGAGGAGAAAACAGUUACCCCAUCAGUCAGUGGAACGCAGAGCCAUCAUCUCCAAGUGCUACAAACCAAAACACCCAGAGGUGUACACUCUGCAGGAUUCCUUCCUGGCCCCAGAGUUUCUGGAAAUCGAGAGGUUCUGCACGUCUCCAGGUGCUGAUCUCCAGGGCCUCCUGAGCUACCUCGAGUCCUUCUCAGAUAAGAGGAUCUAUCGGCUCCCAGUGUUCACAGAGCAGUUCUGCCAGGCCUUGCUGGAUGAGCUGGAGAACUUUGAGCAGUCAGAUAUGCCCAAGGGCAGGCCCAACACCAUGAACAACUACGGGGUUCUGCUGAACGAGCUGGGCAUGGACGAGCCUUUCCUGACGCCGCUGCGGGAGCGGCUCCUGCCCAUCACGGCGCUGCUGUACCCGGAGCUGGGCGGGGCCUGCCUGGACAGCCACAAAGCCUUCGUGGUCAAGUACUCCGUGCACGAGGACCUGGACCUGAGCUCUCACUACGACAACGCCGAAGUCACCUUGAACGUUUCCCUGGGAAAAGAAUUCACAGAAGGAAAUUUGUACUUUGGGGAAUUCAGCCAGGAUCCCAGCCCCGUGCCCAAGUACAUCGAGGUGGAGCACGUGGGGGGCCGGGGGCUGCUGCACCGAGGGGGGCAGAUCCACGGGGCGCUGCCCAUCGCCUCGGGGGAGCGCUGGAACCUCAUCGUGUGGAUGAGAUCAUCGGCCGUCCGCAACCGCCUGUGCCCCAUGUGCCGCAGGAAACCCGAGCUGGUGGAGGCUGAGGGCUUCGGGGACGGCUUCACGGAGCCCCCGCAGGGGGAGGAGCUGCCCCAGACCGUCAAUGUCUGUGCCCUGGGCUAGCAGGGGGGGAAUUCCCCACUCUGAGCUGCCCAGAGCUCCUCUCUGACCUCCCAGGCUGCACGAGUCCUGCGAGGAGCAGCUCUGACCUUGGGAAGGGAUGCAAAGCCAGCCCUGCCAGGAUUCCAGUGAGGGCUCAGGCUGGGGCUGGAGGACUCUGCAAGGCACAGAAACCCCAACUCUGAUUCCCUGCGGGAGCUCUCUCAAUAUUUCCAAGUGCACAAGGAAAACAGCCAAAGCUCUGUGGCCUCUCUGCCAACAGCAGCACCCCAGGUCCCUCUGGAAAUGGGGCAGAAUGGGACAAUAAACCAUUUCUAUGCUGUU